UACACCUGAUGAGAUAUUCUUGUCAAACUUCAGUUGAUCACGACUUUUCGUGGGCGAUUCAUUCAUUAUUUAUAAUUGUAAAUCUUUUUUAAAUAUUUUUUAAGACAAAAAUGUAUUUUUUACUCACUUUUCGUUCGAAUAGUAAGUGAUAACUGUAAUUAUGUGGAUUUGAAAGUUGUGAAAUAUACCAACAAUAUGGUAUAUGUGAAUAAUAAUGAGUCCAUUUGGUAAUCGUUUGUAGAGUGAGUGUUGCAAUAAUACAAAAUGAAAGUUUCACUCUAAACAAGAAAAGUAUUAUUAAUUAAUAGUAAAAAUAAUGAUGGAAUUUCUGAAAAAAUAAUUGAUAAAAUGUUUAUUUGAUGAAAUGAAAAGGCAUAAUCCAUUUUUAACAAUAAAAAAUAAUUGAUAAUGGCUGUUGGGUAUCAAGUAUCAUUUGAGACACAGGUGUCUGUGAAUAACAAACAACAGCAAUUAUUGUCAAGUACAAGCAAGUGGAGUCCAAUUUACUGCUAUUUUUCAUGAUAACUUGUUAAAAUAAUUUUUUAUGCCCACUUUUUAUGCUUUAAUUUAUUUUUAUAUAAAUCAUUUACACCUGUGUAAAAGAGUCUUCCGUGUUAUUUUUGCAUAAAAAACAAAUAUUUUGAAAAAUAAUAUUAAAAUAAAUUUUAAAAAAUGACUUUAUACUCUCUACUUUUAAUCUUAAUUCUUCUGGUGACAAUUACGUAUUCAGCUGACUUGGCUAUUGAAAUACCUGGAAAUUUAAGUCAGAGAGAGUCAUGGUACCGUUUGGAUUAUAGUCCACCUGUCGGAUAUCCACCACCAAACACAACUAUCGCAGCAACAGACAUUGGAGACGUGAUAAAGUUUCAAAAUGGUUUACCAGGUACUAAAUACGAGUUCUGGUUAUAUUACAGCAACGGAACACUUCACGAUUGGUUAACUUGGACAGCAUCAAUCACAACAGCACCAGAUCCACCAUCAAACUUGACAAUUCUUGUUAGAAAUGGAAAAACAGCUAUUGUUUAUUGGGCACCACCAAGUCAAGGCAACUAUACGAGUUUUAGAAUCAGAGUUCAAAGCUUUAAUGAUGCAAGCAAUCCACCAUCAACUACUAGAACAAGUGUUAUACAACCAGAUAAUAUUCCUUAUACCUUAAGAGAUUUAAUUCCUGGUGCAACAUACUCACUUCAAUUGUUUACCGUGCUAGAUGCUAAAGAAAGUGUAGCAUAUACCAGCAGAAACUUCACCACGAAGCCAAACACACCAGGAAAGUUCAUCGUUUGGUUCAGAAAUGAAACGACAUUGCUUGUUUUAUGGCAGCCUCCUUAUCCAGCUGGAAUUUAUACUCAUUACAAAGUGAGUAUUGAACCACCAGAUGCUAUAGAAAGUGUAUUUUAUGUUGAAAAAGAAGGUGAACCACCUGGACCAGCUCAGGCAGCUUUCAAAGAUCUUGUUCCUGGUCGAGCUUACAACAUAUCAGUCCAAACAGUGUCUGAAGACGAAACAUCAGCACCAACAACAGCUCAAUAUCGAACUGUACCACUUAGGCCACUUAAUGUUACCUUUGACAAAGCUUCAAUUACCUCCAGUAGCUUUAGAGUCUAUUGGAGUCCACCAAAUGGCACCUCAGAAUUUGAUAAAUACCAAGUGUCUCUGGGAAGCAAUAGAAGAUUUUCUCCAGUUACCAGAAAUAGAUACGAGGAAAAUAGCAACAUAUGGAAGUUUAAAGACUUGGAAGCUGGAAAGACUUAUCAGGUUGUUGUUAAAACCGUUUCUGGUAAAGUCACCAGCUGGCCAGCAAGUGGAGAUAUCACACUCAAACCACUUCCUGUGCGUGACCUACGUGCCAGCAUUGAUGAUCGUAUGCUUGAAGUCUCAUGGAAACCUGACAAUACUUCCACCCAGGACAGCUAUCGUCUAGAGUACCAUGAAGUGGAUUCCAUCACUUCUAUCAGUGGUGACAGCAACAGUUUGACUACCGAAAAAACCAACGUUAUUCUUGAAGCGUUGCUUCCUGGAAGAAAUUAUACUAUUAUUGUCCAAGCCAUCAGUAAUAAAGUAGAGUCUAAUGAAACAAUCAUCUACCAAGUGACGAAACCUUCAAGUCCGAUCAUUGAAGAUUUGAAAUCAAUUGAACGUGGAUUAAAUAUCUCUUGGAAAAGUGAUGUUAACUCGCGUCAAGAGAAGUUUGAAAUUACUCAUACAAGAAACGACACUGGAGAAAGUGCGACAACACUCACAACAGAAUCUCAUAUUAUUUUAGAAGAUCUUUAUCCAGGUGCUGGAUAUGAAGUUAAAGUAUUUGCUAUCAGUCAUGGAUUAAAGAGUGAACCUCAUGAUUACUUCCAAGCAGUGUUACCACAUCCACCGCAGCAUCUUAGAAUUAACAAAGUUAACAAUAAUAAUUCAGUGUUUGUCCAUUGGAGUCCACCAAUAAAUUCCCUGUUCUCUGAAUACACAAUCAGGUACAGAACUGAAGACGAUUCCAGAUGGAUUAAACUUCCAAGUGUGAAGGAGACUGAAGCUGAAGUCACUGACAUGACACCUGGAGAAAAAUACACCAUUCAAGUUAAUACUAUUAGUUUUGGCGUUGAAAGUUUGUAUCCUCUUCAAGUGAAUCACACUAUUCCACCAAAUCCAGUUGUCAACAUUACCCCCGUCGUCGACUCAACUAACGUAACGCUAGAAUUCUGGAGACCUGAGGGUAGGAUUGAGCUUUUUAUCAUCACCUGGUGGCCUGUGGACAACCCAAGUGACUGGAGAUCAAAAAAUGUGUCAGGAAUAAUCAACGUUGAUGAUGAAGAUGAAGAAUUUUUUGCUGAAGAAGAAAAUAAACUUGAAAGAUUCAUCAUAGAAUCAUUGAUGCCAGGAGUAAAAUAUGGUUUUUCAAUUUCCACAACUUCUUACAACCUCUAUAGCGAUCUUAUCAACAUCACCGCUCGUACGAUGCCGUUGAUUCAAUCAGAGGUAGUGAUUGUUGUUGAUAGAGAUCUGCCUGAUUCAUUGACCCUUCGUUAUACUAGGACUCCAAUUCAAUCAUCAAGAUUCGACCUGUACCGAUUUAGAAUCAGCGACAAAGAAAACACCACCAAAGAAAAGCUUAGAGAUGAUGCUGAUACCAAAGUGACCUUCAACAAUCUCACUCCAGGGAAGCUUUAUAAUGUGACAGUAUGGACUGUGAGCCAAGGAAUUCAAUCAAGACCUUUAUUCCGUCAAGACCGACUUUAUCCUGAAGCUAUCACGGAAAUCAGUGCUCUUGACAUCAACGACACCAGUAUUACGCUGACUUGGGAUGUACCUGAUGGCGAGUUUGAUGCUUUUGAGGUUCAAUAUAUCAAUAGUGAUGGGGGUUAUAGUCAGAAUAUCACUUUAAUCAACAGAAUCACCAUUUCAGACUUGAAACCUCAUAGGAAUUACACAUUUACAUUGGUAGUUUGUUCAGGACACUCUGAAAGUCAUCAUCUACGACGUUCUCAUCCAGUGAGCGCAAGUUUCACCACUAGUGAAUCAUACCCAGGAAAAGUCGAAAAGUUUUAUCCAACGGAUAUUCAACCGAGUGAAAUCAGUUUUGAGUGGUUUUUGCCAAGCACUGAAUUCAAUGGAAUUAUCAAGAAGUUUACUAUCACUUAUGGUCUUGAUGGAUCAACGCAUACUCAAGUCAAGGAUUUUAAGUCUAAUGAGUUAAGGGGAGUUAUCAAAGGUCUUGUGCCAGGGAAAGCAUAUUUAUUCCGAAUUCAAGCAGAAACCAGGGUUGGAUUUGGUCCGGAAACGAUAUGGAAGCAAAAGAUGCCGAUUUUAGCACCACCAAAACCUCCCACUCAAGUCGUACCAACGGAAGUUUGUCGCAGCAGUACCACAAUACAGAUUCGAUUCAGGAAAAAUUAUUUUAGUGAACAACAUGGAGCUGUUACUUCAUACACGAUUAUUGUUGCUGAAGAUCACAGUAAGAAUGCCUCUGGUUUAGAGAUGCCAAGUUGGAGAGAUGUUCAGGCUUACAGUAUUUGGCCUCCUUACCAAGUCAUGGAACCAUAUUACCCAUUCAAAAACAGUUCAGUGGAAGAUUUCACCAUCGGAAGUGACAACUGCGAGAAAGUUGUUGGAUAUUGUAAUGGACCUCUAAAAUCUGGAUCAACAUAUCGUGUUAAAGUCCGUGCUUUUACUGCUCCUGAUAAAUUUACAGAUACAAGUUAUAGUUUUCCAAUUCAAACAGGAUUGCUGCUUAUGGCAGCAGACAAAGACAAUACAGCCAUAAUCGUUGGUAUCACAGUACCAAUUGUUUUAUUGCUGACAUUACUGGGAAUCGGAUUAUUAGUACGUAGACAUCGAAAUCAGUUACGAAAAAUUACAGAACCACGUGGAAAUGGGCCGACAGAUAACCUAUCACUUCCCGAUAGUGUUAUUGAGACUAAUAGACCAAUUAGGGUGGAAAACUUUGCUGAACAUUAUAGAAUCAUGAGUGCAGACUCUGAUUUUCGUUUCUCAGAAGAAUUUGAAGAAUUAAAACAUGUUGGCAGGGAUCAACCUUGUACUGCUGCUGAUUUGCCCUGUAAUAGACCAAAGAAUCGUUUUACGAAUAUUCUGCCGUAUGAUCAUAGCCGGUUUAAACUUCAACCUGUUGAUGAUGAAGAAGGAUCUGAUUAUAUUAAUGCUAAUUAUGUUCCUGGCCACAAUUCUCCGAGAGAAUUUAUUGUUACUCAAGGUCCACUUCAUUCCACACGAGAUGACUUCUGGAGAAUGGUUUGGGAAAGCAAUAGUCGUGCUAUUGUCAUGUUAACACGAUGUAUCGAAAAAGGAAGAGAAAAGUGUGAUCAUUACUGGCCUAUGGAUACUCUUCCAGUCUAUUAUGGCGAUAUUUGUGUGACUAUUUUGAAUGAAACCCGAUAUCCUGAUUGGAGUAUUAUGGAAUUUAUGCUUUGUAGGGGUGACGUCAAGCGGGUUAUUCAACAUUUCCACUUUACAACCUGGCCAGAUUUUGGAGUACCAAGUCCGCCUCAAACACUGGCGCGUUUUGUGCGAGCAUUUAGAGAACGAGUAAGACCAGAUCAAAGGCCUAUAGUGGUUCAUUGCAGUGCAGGAGUAGGCAGAAGUGGUACUUUCAUAACUCUAGAUAGGAUUCUACAGCAAAUUCAAGUAUCAGAUUAUGUUGAUAUUUUUGGUAUCGUCUGGACUAUGAGAAAAGAACGUGUUUGGAUGGUCCAAACUGAACAGCAGUAUAUUUGUAUCCAUCAAUGUCUUUUAGCUGUGCUUGAAGGACAACAGGAUACUACUGGACCUCCUAGAGAAAUUCAUGAUAAUCAAGGAUUUGAAGGAAAAAAUCAAAGCUCGCCUGAGAACUCAAUCAAUCAAGACGAGGAGGAAAGGUGAUGGCCUUCAGAGCCUGGGUCGAAUGAAAAUAUGACGAAGGAAUAGCAGAAUCAGGAAUGUAAAUUAACGGCAAGAUAUGAGCUUAGAAUAUGAUAAAUAGCAAAGAUAAAAUGCAUAAAGCGUAUCUAUUCAUUAUUUGAAUUAAUCGUUGAACUUUACGUUAAACAGAUAUGUCUGAGAUUGUGUAGUAUUCGAUCAACUCAAAUCUCCGUCCAAAGAGCGUAAAAAUUGACAAAAAAGCGAUGGAUUUGAUGAGUACUUAAUAAAAACUGCAUUUUUUUAUAAUUUAAUUAUUGUUUUACAAUGGUUGGAUUUAUAAAAUCGUCACAUGUUAAAGGUUGACAUGGCUCGAUGAUAUUUUGUAAUAGAAAUUUAUUUAUGAUAAUCAGAGCCUACCGAAAAUGACAAUUAGUUGAAUAAUUAUUACUUUUAGUUAAAUGAAAUUUGUUAAUUAAUUAUUAAUAAAGAAAAGGAAAU